AUGGCCACAUCAAGCACCAGCAGAAAGCUUAGCAGCAUCUGCAUCUGCUGCGACCACAAGCGGGCAAAAGAAGACCCGGACGAUGCUCUUUUCUCGUGUGAGCUACCCCACAAGGUCCUCUUCUUCGCCGACUCGGAGGAGCGGAGCGGCCUCAAAGUCGAGCAGGAGAGAGAUUUGAUCAAAAGCGAGUUCGAGAGAGGAGCUCACAAGACAAAAAAUGCGGCGUUCAUAAGGUUUGCCGAGAACGUGAGCUUUGAUUACAGCUUCUACAAGAACACCUCCCAGCUCAUACGUGAGGUCAAUGAUACUCAGCCUGUAAUCCUUCAUCUCGCCUGCCAUGGCUCAGAACAAGGUGACAUCACCAUAGGAGGAAGGAGUAUCACGGUUGAGCAGCUUGUAGACUCUUUGGGUGUGAUUGUCCAGAACUGCACGAAGCUGCGGCUUGUGGUGCUGAACCUGUGCCACUCAAGCAUCGUGGCAAGGGAGUUAGUCAAGCAUGUAGACUUUGUGAUCGGCCACGAGAAGGCAGUGGCGGACGAAGAGGCGGUCGCCUUCUCGAAGAACCUGUACUACUGGAUGGGACAAAACCAAUCACUGUUCUCCAACGUCAAUAUUUCCCGUCAAUCAUGCCCGGGGAUCCAUCUGCUGGCUAGGGUUUCGAGUCACGUGGUCACUUGGAUGGGACAAGAAAAUAUCCUGAAGCAAGAACAAUCUUUCGAUGGACCUCUGAAGAAGAAAAUAAAGUCUGAGCCAUUGGAUUCUUGUGUUGCUGAAGUCGCCACUGCAACGACAAUCACAAACGAAAAAAAGGGCUCACAUGACGAUGAGCAGGCUCCGAGUAUGAACGAAAAGCCCAAUGAAUCAACGAGUUCGGAGUCUGAUGCUUCUGAUGACUCUGACGAACCAUGUCUUAGCAACAAGCUAAUUGACCAACUCAAGCAAGCGCGAAAUACAGUGGAAAUCACAAGAAUCUUGCAAAACAUCGAAAAUGGUGGUAUCGAGGUUAUCCUGAAUAUCAUCAAGGAGCAUUCGAAGAGCGAGCGAGUACAGGAGCAGGGUUGCAGAGCGCUGAGGAUCUUGGCCUUCUACUGGGGUGGCGCAGUUGAGAUUGCCGAGAAAGGUGGCAUUGAGGCAAUCAUCGGAGCGAUGAAGACACAUCCGACAAGCCAGGCGGUAUAUGAGGAGGCUUGCGGGGCCCUGACGAGCUUUGCGCUUCUAAAUUAUCAUGACCCAAUAAGAGAUAUCGGGUCGAUCAUGAGAGCGAUGAAGGAGUAUCCGACAAGACAGGAAGUACGGGAGCUUGCCAUUUUUUUCAAUCCAUACGGUGAUGAAGAGUUUCCAGAAGAAUACUUGGUGCAGAUUGGGAAGCAAGGGGGAAUCGACGCGGUCAUCAAUGGAAUAAGUGCACACAUAGAGUUUAUCCUCGGAGCGAACACAGCGUUGCUGAAAGAUUACAUCGAGACCAUCCUUCGAGGGAUGAAAGCACAUCCGAAAAUUGCAUUUGUACAGGAAGCGGCAUGCCAAACACUACAUUCAUUCGACAGGAGUUAUUUGUUUGAUGAGGGGGAAGUCGAUGAGUACAGCUCCGAUAUCAUGACCGAAACUGCACUGGAAAUCUUGGAUCAAGGAGGUAUCUCGGCGAUCGUGGGGGCGAUUCAGGCGUACACGACAAGCGAGAGGUCUCACUGCCAUUUUUGUCAACCCUCAUGCUUGUUUGACUUUCUGCGGUACUUGGACCGCUUUGAAGACUUCGCAAUCCAGUUCAGGAAGGAAGGGGGCAUCGCAGCGCUCGUGGGGAUGAUAGAGGCGCCACACAAUGAGAUUAUAGAAAACAUCUGUUAUGCGUGCAGUUUUCUGCAUGACUUGGCGUUCAACAACGACGAGAACGCGGUCAAGAUCAGGGAGGAGGGGGGCAUCAGGGCGGUCGUGGGGGCGAUGGAGGGUCACCCGGCGAGCGAGAGGGUGCAGGGGGGGGCAUGCAGCCUGCUGUGGUACUUGGCUGCCAACAGCGCCGAGAACGCGGUCAAGAUCAGGGAGGAGGGGGGCAUCAGGGCGGUCGUGGGGGCGAUGGGGGGUCACCCGGCGAGCGAGAGGGUACAGGCUAACGGGUGCGAGGCGAUUGGGCACUUGGCUGCUGCCAACAGCGCCGAGAACGCGGUCAAGAUCAGGGAGGAGGGGGGCAUCAGGGCGCGUGUUUCGUAA